AUGGCCGUCGCCGAGUCGAUUGUCAAGGGUGCCGGAGCUGGUGCCGGAGGAGCUGCGGGUUUCAAGAAGGGCGGAAAGGCAGCCGGUGGUGCCGCCGGAGCGGCCGGUUUCAAGAAGGGUUUUGCCGGUGGCAAGUUCGGAAAGAUGGGCGCCGCUGGAUUCAACAAAAAGUUCGGUGCAGUGAAGACCUUCGGCUCUGCUCAAGGUUUCAAGUUUGGCAAGGCUGGUGGUGCCUUUGCUGCUGGUGGUGCUGCUGGUGCCGCCGGAAAGAAGGCCGCUUUCGGAAAGGCUGGUGGUGCUGGAGGUUUCAAGACUGCCGGCGGAAAGAAGGCCGCUGGAUUUGCCGCAGCUGGCGGCGCAAAGGCCGGCAAGUUUGGCAAGGGCGCCGCUGCAGGAGGUUUCAAGAAGUUUGCCGCCGGAGGAGCGGCAGCCAAGAAGGUCGUCAAGACUGGAAAAAGCGGUGGACUGAUCGGUUAA